AGGGUUAAAGGGUGGUCUAGGAACUGUCUAGCGGCUAGUUAACCUAUGUUAUGAUGGUAGAAGGUGCAGUCACAGUAUUAGCUGAAUGAGCUCAAAUCUAUAUUGACAGACAAUAUACAUUCCAGACAGCUUGUUCAUAAUUUCAACGCUUUUGGACCGACAGCACGGCAUCUGCUUCGUCCUGAGCAACGCUUUUCAAUCAACUCCCACUGAAUCAACGACCAAGAUCAUGGAGAAUGGACAGCCCUCCGGCUAGCUAGGUUGCUAUCCAAACGAAACCAGCAAAAAUCGACAUGGAAAUGCAUUAGGCUGCAAAUCUAGAAGGGUUGUGUAAGAAGACGGUUUCCUGUUUUUGCUGGAAAGCCAGGUUGAGUUGUAUGACACAUCUGGAUUGAGAUAGCCAACUAAUAGGCAAGAAGAUGCAGACUUUUUUGAGGGGCCGACGGGUGGGCUAUUGGCUCAGCGAGAAAAAGAUGAAGAAACUCAAUUUUUUGGCCUUCGCUGAUAUGUGCAGGAAAAGAGGAAUAGAAGUGGUCCAGCUUGACCUGAGCCAGCCCUUGGAAGGCCAGGGUCCACUAGACGUCAUCAUUCACAAGCUAACAGACCUGAUCCUGGAGGCAGACCAGAACGACACCCAGGCCUUGCUGCUGGUCCAGCGUGUACAGGACUACAUCGAUGCUCAUCCAGAGACCAUAGUGCUGGACCCACUCCCUGCCAUCAGAACUCUAUUGGAUCGCUUCAAGUCCUACCAGCUGAUCCACAGAAUAGAGGACUGCAUGCAAGAUGAGAGGAUCUGCUCCCCUCCGUUCAUGGUGUUGAACAGUGAAUUUGGGCCAGACAUGUUGGAACAGAUCAAGCAGCAUGGGCUGGCAUUCCCCUUCAUUUGUAAAACGCGAGUAGCACAUGGAACCAAUUCUCAUGAGAUGGCGAUCAUCUUUAGUGCUGAGGACCUGAAGGGUGUGAAACCGCCCUGUGUAAUUCAGAGCUUCAUUAACCACAACGCUGUGUUAUAUAAGGUGUUUGUUGUAGGCGAGUCCUACACUGUGGUGGAGAGACCCUCCCUUAAAAACUUUCCCACUGGACCAGCUGACCGAAAAGCCAUUUUUUUCAACAGUCACAAUGUGUCUAAGCCAGAGUCAUCUUCAGAUCUUACCUCUAGGGAGAAUGUGGAAGGUGUGUCCCAGCCGCCCAGUGAUGAUGUCAUCAGGGAGCUGUCACGGGCCCUGCGGCAGGAGCUGGGCGUUUCUCUGUUUGGCAUUGAUGUCAUUAUAAACAACCAAACCGGUCAGCACGCCGUGAUUGACAUCAAUGCAUUCCCAGGAUACGAAGGUGUUCCAGAAUUCUUCAACGACCUCCUCAAUCACAUUACCAGCCUCCUCCAGGGCCGCUCACCCUCCGAUACCCCGCCCGCCCCCUCAGGACACGGGAUUGGGGCGGUACAACCUCCUUCUGGAAAACUACCGACUCCUCCAUCGGGGGACCGAGCUUGCACCCCUUCCCAUGAAGGCUGUGGCGUACUCGGGAAGGAAUCCGACAGCAGCCCCUGGAUCGUGGAGGGGGACGGAGGGUUGAAAGGUUCCUGUCAGAGACUGGGCUGUAACACAGCCAUGUCCCCUAACUUCCAGCAGCACUGCGUGUCCACGAUAGCCACAAAAGCCUCUUCACAAUGACUGCCUCCUGCCUCCACCUCCUACUCCACCCCCAACACCACUUUUCCCUGAAGAAGAUGGUGAAAUAAAUAAUGAUGACUAACAGUAACUAUGAUAUAAUAAUAUAUCUGUAAUCAGAAAUAAAAACCUUUGUACUAUAUUGAUGAUAUUGAUAAUGGGUUGUUGGUUUCCCUUUCCUUUGCCUUUGUAUUGUUUUCUGCAUCAAAUGACUCACGAUUCUUAAUGUGAAUGUUUUGGAACUGAACACAUUAGCUGUUUUGUCCUCGUAUGUUUUUUUGUUUGUUUGUUUUUAAAAUAUAUUUUUUAUUCAAAAUCACAGUAGAAAGUGACUUUGGAGAACUGAACCCACUAGACAGUUUUGAUUUUUAUGUUGAAAGAUGGGGUGGGAAAAAAAAUGUUCCUUGCUUAAGACUGGAGGAUGGUGUUAACAUUGACACCCCAAGCAUUUACAUAGAAAUCAAACCCUGAAUCUUUUUGAACACAUAUAGAUGUGUUUUGUGCUCUGUAACAAGUGUAGACUUAAUGUUGUACUGAUCAAUAUACGAAGUCUCCUAACCUAAUGUUUCCCAGCCCCUAGCUCCUAGAGGUCCACACCGCUGCUCAUUUUGGAUGCCUCUCUGCCAUAACUCACCAUCUUCACCUAACCUGUUCCAACUAAUCCGAUUCUCUUAAAUCACGUGUGUUAGGGCAGGGAGAGACCCAAAGUGUGCCGAGCCGUGGGCUUCCGGAAGCAGGCUCGGGAUGCGCUGUCCUUAACCAACCCCUCUUUUACAGCUUAAAACAAACAAAAAACAAAAACAAGCAACCAGCCUGUCAGCUGUGAGAACAAUGGAAACAGAAAAAAAAAACCCUAUGACAGAAUGUGCCACUCUUCUCUGUGCUUUGUCCUGGUUGAGGCACACACUUUUUUUCCACCACAUGAACUUCCUGAUGACCAACACAAAGAGAGAUUGAUUUUAAUCUCGCUCAACCCUUAACCUCGUGUUCGGGAUAACCUCUCAUAAUGCUUCCAUAAACGUUACGUGACACCUGACAGAAAACUUGUACAGGAAGACGUUCAUUAAACAUUCUUUCCAUGCUUUUACACAUAACCUUCAGGUGUGAGUUUUGUUGUUCCCUACCUGUACCAGUGCAACAAUGUGGCAUUAAAAGUCUGUUGACUUGAAAGUGAAAUUCCUGGUGAAUUCCAACUAUAUGUCAAGUGUCAUUAAUGUUUUUCUUGGUGUUAUGAAAGAAGAUGAGGAGAAUCUAGAGACAAGCACAGCGGUGGUGUCCAUUUAUAGAAUGGUGCCUCAGAACAUUAUCAUUACAUUCCCUCUGUGUGUAUGUGUUGCAGAAUUCUAACACUUGAGAUGAUAAAAUCUCGUUUAACAUUAUGACUUUGUGAAUGCUGUUUACCAUACCCGUAUAUUUUAUACAUACCCUUGAUAAAUAUGAGUAAAAUUUAUUUUAUAAAAUAAACCAUAUGA